AUGGCAGCCCCACAAACCCAAACCAAGACCCUGUCCCCGGCGAUGUCAUCGCUGUUGCCCUCCGAUAACUCGCAUUCACCCGCUUCAAGCCAGUCGUUGCAUCCCUCUUCCUUUGACACCGCAACAACAGCAGGUGACGCUGCGACUUUUGUUACUCGCAUUUCGUCAUCUGCAUCAACAACUCCUUUAGACAUCUCUCCGUCACCCUCUAUUACUUCUCUCAAUACUACAAAUACCACUACUACCUCUACUUCCGCCUGUUCCAAUAACAGUCUGACUCCAAUUGAGUCGCUGAGGCGUUAUCCCCUAGACCUCACAGAUCCAAUCCCCGAGGAGCACGACGAAGAAACCGAAGAAACCAGUAGCGAGUCUUUUUCUAACGAACCCGCUACACCAAUUAGCGGGAGACAAUCACGGGAUUUUCGCUAUUGCGAACAGAACGAUACUUAUCUACGUCGCGACUCUGUUACUAAUGGUCUCGCUGCUUCUGCAUCAGUGGUUUCUCACGAACCAUUAAAUAGACCAUUUACGACACAGCCUGAAUACAGUCGAUCUAAUUCAGAUCGACGUCCCUCAUCUACUACAGCGCCAGUAAGAUUUAUUGCGCGACGUUCUUCGUCUGCAUUAUCCAAGAUGGCGUCAAUUUUUAAGCGCAACAGUUACCACGUGGGGGACAGCAGUGUAACAACGGAGUUUAGGGAACCCAAUUACAAUGGAGAGACAUCCGAUUCCACUCUUGCCUCUACCAAUAGGGUAACCCCAAACACAAGCCGUCGUCGCUUCUCUUAUCAACGCUCGGUCGUAUCGACAAGAUCAAAUACCCCACCGUCACCUGCCUCUCCUUCAGAUUCGCUUCCUAAUUCACAUGAAAAGGCCAAUAAUGCAUCUCUACCUACGUCGCGCGACUUUUUAGAAAACAACUCUAAGAAAGCCAGGGCCAGCACAGGCCUUUCUAUUCGCAACAGAGUAGUAGGGUUUGCAUCGAAUAAGACUCAUUCACACCGACGAACAAAGAGUCUAGAACGAAAGAAGAAGAACGAGGAGGAACUAACAAGACAGCCAUGGGCAAUCCCUCCAGACGCCGGUACUGGCAUGAAGGCCAGGAGACUGAGUCUCAGUCUUCCCGACGACUUCACGGUUGACGUUGCAGAUCUCACGAAAGAGUUCGAAUACCAGCACAAAUUCCUAGGCCGCCAUGGAAAGCACUUAGGUAAAGGCGCAACGUCGAAAGUUACUCUUAUGGUCCGUAAGGGCAGUCCUGGCGAGUUAUAUGCCGUUAAAGAGUUCCGCCAUAAGAGCUCAUCGGAAACCACGGAGGAGUAUGAGAAGAAGAUAAAAUCCGAAUACAGCAUCGCAAAGAGUUUACACCACCCAAACAUUGUCGAGACUGUUCGCUUAUGCACCGACCACGGACGUUGGAAUCACGUAAUGGAGUACUGUUCCGAAGGCGACCUUUUCGGCUUGGUUUCCAAGAAGUAUCUCCGAGAUGAGUCCCGCGAAAUUGACCGUGUGUGCUUGUUCAAGCAGCUCUGCCAAGGAAUCAACUAUUUGCACUCGAAUGGCAUCGCCCAUCGGGAUAUCAAGCUGGAGAAUUUGCUGAUUACCAAAGAUAGCAAGCUAAAAAUCACGGAUUUUGGUGUUUCUGAAGUCUUCUCCGGUAUACACCCUGGUCUGCGGGAAGCCGGUGGCCAGUGCGGUGUGGGUAUGGGCGACAUACGUCUCUGCAAACCUGGUAUCUGCGGCAGUCUCCCAUACAUAGCCCCCGAAGUCCUUAGUAAGGAUGUUGACUAUGAUCCCCGCGCCUUGGACGUUUGGAGUUCGGCUGUUGUCAUGCUGUACCUUGUCUUCAACGCCAACUUGUGGGAGAAAGCGCAGGCAGGCUUGACAUCCCCAAGUCAAAAAACGUAUAACGAACUCAAUAAUGGUUGGACGAAGAUCAAUGCCAAGAAAGAAGCGAACCCCGAUACCAUCGGCGACGAUACCUAUCCCAAAGUUACUGCGUUUGAGAUAUGCGUCAAGCCGGCACCUCUUCGACGUCUGCUAUUGAAAAUGCUCAACCCCGACCCGAAGAAGCGCAUCACGAUGAGCGAAGUCAUGUCGAAUAGGUGGAUGAAGAAUGUCGAGUGCUGCCAGCUGGAGAGCUACGAAGAUCCCACCAAGUUUAUUGAUGCCUCCAAGAAAGAUUGGAUGAAGUCAGGUGCAAACAAGAUCUUCUGUCACAAUCAUUUACCUCCUAUGAGCACAGGACACGGCCUACCUCCCAUGCCUGGCAAACCCGGCUAUUAA